AUGUCUUAUUUGAAGAUUCUGGUCGAUAAAUCACAAGAAAUGGCUACUACUGCUGCUGCUGCUGCCAAAGAAAACACUGAACCGCAAAUCACCACUGAGCCAUUUGACGAGGAAGUUGAUAAAUUCGCUACAGUGUUCAAGGGCCUUGAACAAAUUGAUUUAGAUGCUGACAAAGGUGAAGUGAAUCCUAUUUCAAAGACUAUUUUAGACUCAUGGGAUAGUGAUUUCCAUGCGCUGGCUAAAAACAUCUUGACUCAAAAUGCGUUUGCCAACACUGAAGUCGAUAAAGUGAUUGCCAAUUCAGAUUCCAAAACCAAGUUAAAAGACAGGUACUUGUUCAAUGUGGCUGUUGAUAUCAUUGGAUCACCUUCCUUUGCCAACAAUCAAAAAUCUUCAGGUAGAUGUUGGAUUUUCGCAUCUUCAAAUGUCUUUAGAACUCAUGUCAUUAAAAACUAUAAUUUGAAAGACGAUGAGUUUCAAAUUUCGCAAAGCUACUUAUAUUUCUAUGACAAGUUGGAAAAGGCCAAUUUCUUUUUGGAAAAUAUUGAAGAUACAGUUGAUGAAGAGUUGGACUCGAGAUUGAUUCAAUUCUUGUUACAUGACCCCGUUGGAGAUGGUGGUCAGUGGGAUAUGAUUGUUAAUUUAGUCAACAAGUAUGGAUUGGUUCCCCAUGAAGUAUUUCCCGACAAUAGUCAAUCCACCAGCUCGUCGAAGUUGAACUACAUUGUCACUGAAAAGCUUAGGGAAUUUGCAUUGAAAAUUAGAGAAUUGAAAGCUUCUAAAGCUUCCGACAAUACCCUUCGUCAAUUCAAGUUGAGAGCCAUGAAGACCAUUUACAAGACGUUGUCCUUGACUAUUGGAUCUCCACCAAAACCGACUGAUGAGUUUGUAUGGGAAUUUUUGGACAAAGACGGCAAAUAUAAACACUACAAAACAAGUGCUUUGGAUUUCUACAAAACUCACGUCAGAUACGACGCUGAAGCUCAUUUCUCCUUAAUUCACGACCCAAGAAACGAUUAUGAUAAGUUGUACACUGUUGACAGAUUGAACAACAUUUACGGAGGUAAGCCAAUCGAAUAUGUCAACACCAAAAUUGACGAAAUAAAAGAUGUUGCAAUCAAAAUGUUGAAAGACAAUGAACCAAUCUUUUUUGGUUGUGAUGUUGGUAAAUACGGUGACAGAACAACUGGUGUUUUAGACAACACGGGAUACGAUUUGACCACGGCUUUCGAUUUUGACUUGGAAUUGACCAAGGCCAAUAGAUUGAAGACUGGCAGCUCUUUAAUGACUCAUGCCAUGGUCAUCACUGCUGUUCAUAUCGACCCAUCUACUGACAAACCAGUGAGGUGGAAGAUUGAAAACUCUUGGGGAGACGAAACUGGUAAGAAAGGAUGGUACAUGAUGACUGAUGAGUGGUUCAGCGAAUUUGUUUACCAAAUUGUCACCACCAAGAAGUACGUCAGUAAAAAGACGUACGAUAUUUGGAAGAGCAAAGAGUUCAAUACAUUGCCAUACUACGAUCCAAUGGGUUCCUUGGCUUAG